AUUGUCAAGUCACCAGUUGAAGUGACUUGACCUUCAUCUAAUCUGCUUCAUUAUCGUCAUGCUAUCGUUCUAACGCCAAAAAACGUUCACCAGAAAGUAAUCUGCGUCUAACAUAAGAAAACAGCGAAUAAAAAUACGAUUGCGUAAGUAAGUGAGAUAAUAUGUUUAAAUAUCAGUUAAAAACAGCUUGAAGACUUGGAAUAAAUUAGUAGCGGGGCAAUAUGGUGCGCGCGUGUGUUUUAAUUUUGUGUACGUUACCGUUAUUUACGAAUGGCCUGAAAAUUCUCGGAUUAUUUUCACAUUCAGGGAAAAGUCAUCAUCAAGUGUUCGAACCGUUACUGGUAGCUCUAAGUGAAAAAGGACAUGAUGUUACAGUUAUUAGUUUUUUUCCACAAGAGAAACCACGUCCUAGAUUUAAAGAUAUAAGUUUGACCAACUUAUCAAUGCCUGGGUCAGAAGUAAUGAAUGUUGAUACGAAGGGUUCCAGAAUAGUGAAAUAUAAGGCAAUCCUACUAAUAAAGAUGUUCGCUGAUUCAAUUUGCGGGCCAUUAUUAUCGUCACCACAAGUGCAAAACUUUUUAAAAGGAGAUUUAAGUUACGAUGUUAUACUAAUCGAGUUUUUCAAUUCAAACUGCAUGAUGGCUAUUGUAGAAAAGGUUAAAGCGCCUACAAUUGGAUUGAGCUCGUGUGUUGUGAUGCCUCACUGGAACGAUCACUUUGGAAAUCCAGACAAUCCGUCAUACAUUCCUCUAAUAUAUAUGGAUUAUUCUGACCAACUCAGCUUUUUGGAGAGGGUGGAAAAUACUGUCAUAAGUUAGCAGAAAUGUAAGCUUAAUGCUAAUAAAUAGUCACUGGAGCAUUUCUAGACCCAGACCUUACGUACCCAAUAUGAUUGAAGUUGGUGG